GGAGAGAGGAAAAGGGGUGAAGAAGAUGGAAGGAAAAAAAAAAAAAAAAAGAGGAAAUGUGCUACUGUAUCUCCUCUUCCCUGUGCUUUCCGGUGCCCCGGAGUGUGCUUCUGUGAGAGAUCUGGCCUUGUUUUCAUUCCAUGCGUUCAAAGCAAAGUUUGUGACUGAACCGUGUUUCUGUACUUCUGUCGUUUCUUUCUUUCUUUCCUUUUUUUUUUUUUUUUUAAGCUCGCUGCUCAUUUUAUUUCUUCAUCAAACUCCACCCUCUCCUUAAAGCCUACAUACAAACCUCGAUUUGUAACCUAUUUACCGGUUCUUCUCAUUUUAGAAGUAUCCGCAGCCUGCAUCUGGCAGCGGGCUCCCCACCAUUUCCAACUGCUCUGCUAUCUCUUUUUUUCUCCUACUUUCCAAGAGUUGCUGUGGUUUUCCUUGAGUUCACACUCAUCCUCGUGUAGGGAGAUUUCCUGCCCUCCUUUCCUCUCGAAACGUAUUUUCUCGGUUUAUAGUUAAAGUUUACCCUGCGACUGUCGUUAAAGAUGUCCUAGAGUUACAUCAGCGAAAUAGUCAAUUUUGCGGAGCGGGGAUUACUACUGCCUUAAUUGGUUUUUAAAUUAUAUUUUAUAUGCCACAAGAAAAGGAAUGAAGCUGCAACAGAUCUGAAAGAGCUCAUAAAUAUGACGGCUCCAUUGGUAGCUUCAGAGGCUGUUGUUAGGUGUCUAGGGGAGCGGGGAGAAGAAAAAAGAAAAAAAAAAGGGAGGAAAAAAAAAGUGAGACUUGUGCUCGCAGUUAAACGAAAAAUAACUGCCAAGUUUACAAGCAGAUUGAAGAGGGAGAGGAGGGCUGGAGGGCAGCAGCAGAGAGGUCCAGCCCGGGAGGCGAAGAGGGCUCGUUGGGGAAGAAAAGAGAAAGUUGAGAAAAAUGUGGCACGCCGGAAAGAUGAGUGAUCUGCGUGUGCGGGUGUGUGCCAGCGAGCGUGUGCGGGUGUGCGUGUGCGUGUCUGUGUGUGCAGGGAUCAAGCCUGAGUAGCCGUAGCUUCCCCUGAAGUUACCUUUGUUUACAUGGCAUGCGACUGCAACCGCUGGCACUGAUGAAGUAAAACACACGCACACACUAAAAAAAAAAAAAAAAAACACCACCACAACUUCGGGCAGCUUUCGGGACUCGAGGCAUGCUCACGCUCUGUGUGGAGAUGGUUAAUGAAUCCAGUGUUUUUGCAGUUGCAAGCUUGUGCAUUCACUGUGCAACGCUGACUGCAGGCUUUUGCAGUGGCAACAGCUCACCAAAGAUAUUAAUUACACCGUCCCCUUUUUUUUCCACGAAUGUUUGGCUAUUGUAAGUUUGGACCUUUUUGUUUUAUUUCCCCAUUUCCCGUGAUAAUAUUUAACCUUUCUCUUCCUUUUAGCAGGGAGAACUUUGCUGGGCGGGGGAGGGGGGGGUCCUCUGUGGAAAGCUGUUUCUAUGUAAUAAAGUUAGCGGUGGGAAGCUGGAGGGCUGCGACCUGUUCCAGCUUGAAGGCGGUUCAGCGAGGAAGGAUGCCACCCACCCAACCCAACCCCGGCCAGUACGCCCUGACCAACGGCGACCCCCUGAAUGGGCACUGCUAUCUCUCGGGAUACAUCUCCCUCCUGCUGCGGGCCGAGCCCUACCCCACCUCCCGCUACGGCAGCCAGUGCAUGCAGCCCAACAAUAUCAUGGGCAUCGAGAACAUCUGCGAGCUAGCCGCCCGUCUGCUCUUCAGCGCCGUCGAGUGGGCCCGCAACAUCCCCUUCUUCCCCGACCUGCAGAUCACCGACCAGGUGGCCUUGCUGCGGCUCACCUGGAGCGAGCUCUUCGUCCUCAACGCUGCCCAGUGCUCCAUGCCCCUCCAUGUGGCCCCGCUCCUGGCCGCCGCCGGCCUCCACGCCUCCCCCAUGUCGGCCGACCGCGUUGUCGCCUUCAUGGACCACAUCCGCAUCUUCCAGGAACAGGUGGAGAAGCUGAAGGCGCUGCACGUCGAUUCGGCUGAGUACAGCUGCCUGAAAGCCAUCGUCCUCUUCACCUCAGACGCCUGUGGCCUGUCGGAUGCUGCGCAUAUCGAGAGCCUUCAGGAGAAGUCACAGUGCGCGCUAGAGGAGUACGUGCGGAGCCAGUACCCCAACCAGCCCAGCCGCUUCGGGAAGCUGCUGCUGCGGCUGCCCUCCCUGCGCACCGUCUCCUCCUCCGUCAUCGAGCAGCUCUUCUUCGUCCGCUUGGUAGGUAAAACCCCCAUCGAAACCCUCAUCAGGGAUAUGCUACUGUCUGGGAGCAGCUUCAACUGGCCUUACAUGUCCAUCCAGUGCUCCUAGAGCCCAUUCCGCAUCCCCGGCAGAGAGGCGGCGGAGCGGCGGAGACGGGAGCGCUCGCACCGAGGGGCAGUCGGGGUGCGGGGGGGGGCCCGGGAGGUGGACACUGAACAAAAGAAAGGGCCAAGUGAGAGCAGAGAUGUGGCCGUGUAGGGGAGAAGAACGGACCUCUCGUCCGUGGAGGUUGUGGUGUUUCGCUUUUUCAUUUUUUUUUUUUCAUUUGGCCUAUUUUUUUUUUGAGAGGAGGAAAAAAGAAAUAAAUAAUAUUAAUAAAGGAGACAAAAAAAAAGAAAAAUUAAAAAAAAAAUGAGUAUUGAGGGGAUAUUAAUCAAACCUGAAGGGGAUACUGGAUCUUCCAGGAUUUAUUGUGGACUGUUGCUGAUAUAUGCUGUACAGUAAACCAACAAAACAAAAAAUCAUUGAAACUGAACUGAACCUUGUGUAGAAUGAAAAAAAAAAACCCAAAAGAAGUAAACAAAGAAAAAAAUUCUACGCGCAAACACUUACCACGAACAUUGUUACUCAUUUUGUAAUAUAUUAGUCUUUAUUUUCAUUUUUGGUAAAAGUUAAAACAUCAUAUGCGCAUAAAGAAAAAAAAGAAAGGAGAAUUAGGGGAAAAUAACAUUUUCCAAAUAAUUAUAAAAAAAUUGUCCUGUGUCUAUGUAUCUAUAUCUGUUUUGUAUUUUUUUCUGGUUCCAAACCAGGUUUCCUGUGAUUCUAUACUAAUAAUUUUUUGAUAUAACCCUUUGCUUCUUAUAAUGAGUGCGAUAUAUGUUGUCAAAAUUGUUCUUCAAGAAUUAAAAUUGAAGUGAGAAUUUAAACAAAAAAUAAAAGAAUUUAGCAAACUCCCCCCUACUUAUCACCCCACAAACCAUGAGUCUUGUUGUUUGAAACAUGCCAACAAUUCACCAAAAAAAAAAAAAACCCAACAAAAAAAAACAAACCACAAACCAAACAAUAACAACAAAA